GGGAGGAGGGCUGGCACCGGAGCGCCGCGGUGUCGGUGCAAUAAAAAUGCAUCCCAUGGAACUGCCCAUGGAGAAGGACGGGACCGAGACGCGGCGGCCAGAGGAGGUGGUAAGAGCGGAGGAGGACGCCCAGGAGGCGGCGGCGGCGGCGGCCGGGAAGUGAAAGGUCUCGCAAAGUUCAGCAGCGGCUGCGGGCGCCGAUCCCCGGGCUAGAGGCGGACGAGCCCGCAGGGGCAGGGCGGCCAGGCCGGCUAUGGUCCCGGGGCUCCCGCCGCCCCCCAGCUGCCCGGGCCCCGCCAGGCCGGUGCGCCAGGGUCACCCCACCGCCCGGCGCGGCCCCGGCCCGCUGCUGCCCGCCGCCCGCGCCCACUGACCGAGCCCGGCGCCCCCGGAGGACGAGGAAAUAAAGAGCCCCAGUUCCUUCGGAGGACUGCUGGCGCUUCAGCCCGCAGCCCAGAGGUCUCGGCUCCCUCCCGCACCCGCGCGACCCGGCUGCUCCCGGCUCCUCACGGCCAUGGGGAGCUGCGCGCGGCUGCUGCUGCUCUGGGGCUGCUCCGCGGUGGCCGCAGGACUGAGUGGAGUAGCUGGACUGAGUUCACGCUGUGAAAAAGCCUGCAACCCUCGGAUGGGAAAUUUGGCCUUGGGGAGAAAACUCUGGGCGGACACCACGUGUGGCCAGAAUGCCACUGAACUGUACUGCUUCUACAGUGAAAACACUGACCUGACGUGUCGGCAGCCCAAGUGUGACAAGUGCAAUGCUGCCCAUCCUCACCUGGCUCACCUGCCGUCUGCCAUGGCAGACUCCUCCUUCAGGUUUCCUCGCACGUGGUGGCAGUCGGCGGAGGAUGUGCACAGAGAAAAGAUCCAGUUAGACCUGGAAGCUGAAUUCUACUUCACUCAUCUAAUUAUGGUGUUCAAGUCCCCCAGGCCGGCAGCCAUGGUGCUCGACCGGUCCCAGGACUUUGGGAAAACAUGGAAGCCUUAUAAGUACUUUGCAACUAACUGCUCAGCCACAUUUGGCCUGGAGGAUGAUGUUGUCAAGAAGGGAGCUAUUUGCACUUCUCGAUACUCCAGUCCUUUUCCGUGCACUGGAGGAGAGGUUAUUUUCAAAGCUCUGUCACCACCAUACAAUACAGAGAACCCUUACAGUGCCAAAGUUCAGGAGCAGCUGAAGAUCACCAACCUCCGUGUGCAGCUGCUAAAACGACAGUCUUGUCCCUGUCAGAGAAAUGACCUGAACGAAAAGCCUCAACAUUUCACACACUAUGCAAUCUAUGAUUUCAUUGUCAAGGGGAGCUGCUUCUGCAACGGCCAUGCUGAUCAAUGCGUACCUGUUGAUGGCUUCAGACCUGUCAAGGCCCCAGGAGCAUUCCACGUGGUCCAUGGGAAGUGUAUGUGUAAGCACAACACAGCAGGCAGCCAUUGCCAGCACUGUGCACCACUAUACAAUGACCGGCCCUGGGAGGCAGCCGAUGGCAGGACAGGGGCUCCUAAAGAGUGCAGAACCUGCAAGUGCAAUGGGCAUGCUGAUGCCUGCCACUUCGACAUUAAUGUGUGGGAGGCAUCGGGGAACCGUAGCGGUGGUGUCUGCAACGACUGUCAGCACAACACGGAGGGUCAGCAUUGCCAGAGGUGUAAGCCAGGCUUUUACCGUGACCUUCGCAGACCCUUCUCUGCUCCAGAUGCUUGCAAAUUGUGUUCCUGCCAUCCGGUUGGAUCAGCUGUCCUUCCUUUCAGCUCAGUGACCUUCUGUGACCCCAGCAAUGGUGACUGCCCUUGCAAGCCUGGGGUGGCAGGGCCACAUUGUGACAGGUGCAUGGUGGGGUACUGGGGCUUCGGGGACUACGGCUGUCAGCCUUGUGACUGUGCAGGGAGCUGCGACCCUCUCACUGGAGACUGCCUCAGCAGCAGCACAGACAUGGACUGGUAUCAUGAAAUUCCUGACUUCCAUUCCAUGCAAAAUAAGAGCGAACCAACCUGGGAGUGGGAGGAUGAGCAAGGAUUUUCAGCACUUCGACACUCAGGUAAAUGUGAAUGUAAGGAACAGGUGUUAGGAAAUGCCAAGGCAUUCUGUGGAAUGAAAUAUUCAUAUGUGCUAAAAAUAAAGAUUUUAUCAGCUCAUGAUAAAGGUUCUCAUGCGGAGGUCAAUGUGAAGAUUAAAAAAGUCUUAAAAUCUACCAAAUUGAAGAUUUUACGAGGAAAGCGAACAUUAUAUCCAGAAUCAUGGACUAACAGAGGCUGCACUUGCCCAAUCCUCAAUCCUGGCUUGGAAUACCUUGUAGCAGGACAUGAAGAUGUAAGAACAGGCAAACUAGUUGUGAAUAUGAAAAGUUUUGUCCAGCACUGGAAACCAUCUCUCGGAAGAAAAGUCAUGGAUAUUUUAAAAAGAGAGUGCAAGUAGCAAUAAAGAUGUACAGCACAUAAUGGCACUUCUCUAUAUACAAAACACAAACAUAAUGGGAAGGAGACCUCAAAAAUGAAACUGGAAUUUUUUAAAGUGCCAAAAUGUAUAGAAAUGUUCCAAUGCAUGGGCCUUGUCUAACUUAUCUCUUCUGGGCCCAUAUUUAAAUACAGUUCUAUUUCAUGAAAAGGAAUGAAAAAUCCUACAGUGAUGUCUGUUUUCUAUGGGACUGAUUCUGAACUUCAUAAUUAUUAAGAAUAUUUUAAUAGCAGCAUGAUAUUUAGCAGUAAUCCAUUAAGGGCAGUGCCUCUUAACAAGGACUCCUUCCAGCUUCAAUUAUGUUAUUUACAUUUGAUGCUACUUAAAGUAAUUAAUGAGAUUUUAAGAAAUCCCCAACGCUACUAUCAGGAAAGGUGUUUCUUAAAAAGAGCCUUCUCUUGUGUGUUAGGUAUGAACUUUGGUCUGUGGGGUGUUAAAUGGAACCUCUCCACAUGUAUAUAGUAUUUCCUUGUAUAAAGCACUUUACUACCUACCACUUGGCGUUGUGAAAGUUCGGAGACUGCUGUUGACAGAAAGAAAAGAAAAAGCUGUGUAAGAAAACCUACUGAAACAGAAGCACUACCACUACCUGUACACAAAAGUGACUAUAUAAAGGAAGUUAUGCUAUUUAACUCUGAACACUUGGAGAGACUAUAUGAAGAUGCAACCUAAAAGGAGACUAUGUUUGCAUGAAGUCUCAGCGUCGGGCUAGAGGUUAGAUUCCAGGAUACCAGCCAUGAUGAAACUUUUUUAAAAACUAAACAAGAAGAGACUUUAAAAUAAGAUUAAGAAAUCAUAAGUGUAGACAUAUGCUUGGAUAAAGGGGAAAUGGACUUUAAAAUUUAAAAAGCUCAUUUAUUUACAAUGCACUUGUAUACACUUAAAAAAUUAUUGUAGACACAGAAUUUGUUAUAUUUUUGUGUUUAGUAUUUAAACCUGAACAUCAAAACAGUUUUCUUCCUUGUCUUUCUUAAACAGUAUAUGGUCACUAUAUUUACCCAUUUUUUAACACAAUGUAUGUGAUGGUUCACCAAAUUAUAGUUUUUCAUUAUUAUUCCUCUUCUAGACCCACAUAUAACCACUAAAUAUACAGUUUAUUCUGUACUUGAAUAUACAAAACAUGAACACAGUGCCAUAUAAUUAACUUCACAUACAGAACAUAUUCUUUUCCUGAGGUCCUGUGGACUUGCAAAAAUAUAUAUAUAUUGCUUUGUUAAUUUGUUUUUAUAUUUCAUAUAUGUAAUAAAGGAAUACGAUCU